GGUGGAACUCUCUCUCUCUCUUGCUAUCGUUACGACCUAUAAUGAUGUACAUAUAUACACAUAGACUGUUGCAUGGCGCGUCGCGUCGCGUCGGGUUGACACAUUCGUCAUCGUUUGUGGUCAACUGAGGACUGAGGACUGAGGACUGAGCAGAUCGCGGAUGCGAGGUGGACGGGGUAAGCUGGGGUAGGGUGACAAAUACGGUACGGAGGCAUAACUGUGAUCGAGGCGUGCCGGAUCGCUGCCAGAUCGCUGCCAGAUUAGAUCUGGCCGGGUGAAGACCGCUGAAUAUUGAAUGUAGGCGCUGGUCUGUAUUGUAUAAGUACGAGUGUAGUGCCGUUCAUCAUGCUUCCCGCUCUGCUCUGCUCUGCUCUGCUCGCGACCGAAGGAGCAUCCCCGGUCGUAAAAAACAGCGGGCCUCAUCCUCGUACGUCGCACAGCACCGCAGACUCUAUUAUUCCACACGGAGGCCAAGCCACCGAUCGAGGAACAGUCGGUUCCGACCCGCCAGCUUGCGCAGGUCCGUCGGCAGCAUGAGGCGGCUGUAGCUGCCAGCUGCCAGCGCCCCGAGCGAGGGCCCGCGAACGCGACGGAUGUCGGUCUGAAACUCGUCGCUCGUCCCUUGUCCCUAUCGGAGGUGGACUCGGGGGUGCUGCUGCAGCCGAGUCUUGGUUCAGGGAUGCAGGAGGCGGCGCGCCCGCUCGAAGGAUCUGUCGACGCCGCCGCUGUCGUUAGUG